AGAGGAUGCAUGCUGUAAGGUGGCAAGAGGAGGGAAUGGCAUAGAAAGAAAGGGAAUGCCAAUUGUUUGAGGAGCUCCAGACAGGGUGUAGUGGUUGGUUGUUUCCACUAGAGGCUGAUAUGGAGCCGGAGAGCCCUGGGAAUUAAUCAGGCUGGGUUUACUUGUUCGUCCUUCAGUGGUUAGAUCAUUGCAUGCACAACGCCUUGGAUGUAAUCAACAGUGCUGCCUGGCUACUGGAUGCUGCUGCUGGGGAUGAGAGUUGGAGACUGGUCCAUCUGGAAGAAGAGCUACAUUAAAUGCCUGUUGUGAGAUUUAGCCCUAAGCAGUCAUUUCCCUUUUGUCAAUAUGACAGUCAGAUGAGGACAUGGAAACCCAGUGCCAGCCUUCCCGGCGAGUGGAUGAGGAUCAGAUUUGCAAACAUCAAUGCAAAGAGAGGAGGAUCAUCCCUGCCUUGAGCCCCUGAACUCCUGCUGUUCAUCAGCGACCCUGUCUCCAAAAUUGAAAGGGAACAAUAAAAAAGGGGUGAUACAGCCAGCAUCGAUUCCCAACUAAACCCUAGUGCAAGGAAGGCAGCCCUGGUCUCCAGCUUUGCUGCUCUCUCAGCUUGCUAUGGCUUGUCUCCGUCGAGUCCGGCAAACCGAGAGAUGCUACAUUUUGUAUUCCUGCACCAUGGAUACCUAACGACAUUCAUUCCUUGCUGCGAUUGCCAGACUCCGAACUGCCUGCAGGAGGAGGCUGGAGACAAGUCAUGGGAGGAUCAGUGUUUACACAGUGAUGGCUUCCUGCUACGCCAACGUGUUACCUGCAUAUGUCACCAGGCCAAAUCCCCAUACACUUGCAAUGAGAUCCAUGAUCAUAUUGACUGUGGUUAAAUGAAGUGGAAGGUCUCAGGAGGAAAGCGCAAAACACACCACUGAUCCCCACACAGAAAUACCCCCACCUCACUUGGCAAAGGAGUUUAUUGUUACUGCGUUACAUCCCAACCAAUUUUGGGUUCCAAGUGGAUUAAAUAAGAAAAAACAACGAUGUAACUGUGUUUUAUGAAACUGCUGGCAAAGGUGGAGUUUGGCAAGUGCUUUUGCUUCUAGGACAAUUACCUGGAGAGAUAUCUGGCUGCAUUUCAGCUGAACUCUGCCUGUCUAUUCACUGGCUCCUAUUUCCUACAGCACAAUAUUGCUUUAAGGUAGCUCAACCACGAUUUGCAAACUGGCAAAAAAUCCCCAUGUACUGUUUGCCUGUUUCCCCUGCUCACAGCUCCUGUUCAUAUCACCGACUCCUCACCUGCAAACUUGUUGUUGCUUCUAGAACAAUUACCUGGAGAGCUAUCUGGCUGAACUCAGACAUAACCUGCCUAUCUACUCACUGGCUCCUAUUUCCUACAGCACAAUAUUGCUUUAAGGCAGCUCAAACACAUAUUUUUAACCUUUAUUUCUAUGGUUUUUGGGCAGCAACCCCCCCUGCAAACUUGUUGUUGCUUCUAGAACAAUUACCUGGAGAGCUAUCUGGCUGAACUCUGACAUAACCUGCCUAUCUACUCACUGGCUCCUAUUUCCUACAGCACAAUAUUGCUUUAAAGCAGCUCAACCACACAUUUUUAACCUUUAUUUCUAUGGUUUAUGGGCAGCGGCCCCCCCUACAAACUGGCACAUUUACUCUCUGCCCGCACCCCCCUUCUCUGGCCAGUUGGUUCCGCCCGCACAGAGCUCCCUGCGCUGACUCCUUACUCGCAGAGGGGGGGGGAAUUACCCCUGAGACCAUGAGGGUGUUUGCAUUCUUAUUUUUUUAUGACCUUGCAUGAGUAAUAAUGAACUAAAAAUCACUGAAUUUAUUUUGAAUAAGUUUAUUGCCUUGGGGGAGCCACCAUGGCAGGGUGGUACAGAGCACUCAGCAGUCUCCCCGCCGCACAGUAAGCCGUGAGCAGCAACAGCAGAGAUGGAGGUUGCCAUGGUGAGUGCGGAUAGCUCCGGCUGUAGCAGCCACUUGCCUUACGGCUAUGCCCAAGCGCGGGCCCGCGAACGGGAACGCCUGGCGCACUCCCGAGCCGCAGCCGCCGCCGCCGCAGCUGGAGAAGGAGGGAACUCAGGGGGCGGCGCUUGUCAAGGGGCUGGGCGCGCCCCCGCCACUCAGGGGAACAGCGGGGCUGGCGGGAACGCGCGGCGCGCACCCCAGAGCCAAGAGCAGCAGGAGGAGAAGUCAGCGCAGAGAAAGAGAAGUGCCAGGCGGAGGUACUGGCCACUAAGCGGCUGCAACAGGUGGAGGAGCCGGCACAGCGAAUGCAGCGGAGGCGCUGGAGGAGGAAGAGCAGGAGGAGAAGAGGAAGGCACCUUCCCCUCGGAGCUGGGGCCAUGUGGCUCUGAGGAGAUGAUGCUCAAAGAAGAGGUGUCAGAGGAGGAGGACCAAAAGUUUUACUUAUGUGAGGAUGAUGAGGAUGAGGCUGGCAGCCUGCACAGGAGGAGAAGCCCCAAGGAGGAUGGCUAUCACCCUGUGUACAGUGAGUUUGAGUGCUGCGAGAGGGUGGUGAUCAAUGUGUCCGGGCUGCGCUUCGAGACCCAGUUAAAAACUUUGACCCAGUUCCCCGAGACGCUGCUCGGCGACCCGGAGAAAAGGAUGCGCUACUUCGACCCGCUGAGGAACGAGUACUUUUUCGACCGAAACCGUCCCAGUUUCGACGCCAUCCUGUACUACUACCAAUCCGGGGGACGGCUGAAGCGGCCGGUCAACGUGCCCUUCGACAUCUUUUCAGAGGAGGUCAAGUUUUACGAAUUGGGCGAGGAGGCGUUGCUAAAAUACCGCGAGGAUGAAGGUUUCGUUAAAGAGGAAGAAAAGCAGCUGCCGGAAAAUGAGUUCAAGAAACAAGUGUGGCUGCUGUUUGAGUACCCGGAGAGCUCGGGUCCAGCCCGGGGCAUCGCCAUCGUUUCCGUGCUGGUCAUUCUUAUCUCCAUUGUUAUCUUUUGUUUGGAGACGUUACCCGAGUUCAGGGACGAUAAGGAUAGUUUGCUGUCUCCGCUGGGGAUGGGGGAUGAUGGUACAGGGGAGGAUGGAGAGGGCGGGGCAUACAAUGCAACUUUUUUAUUGACAGACCACACUGCGUUUAAUGACCCAUUUUUUAUAGUGGAGACUGUGUGCAUAGUCUGGUUCUCCUUCGAGUUUGCUGUGCGCCUUUUUGCCUGCCCAAGCAAGCCUGGAUUUUUUAAAGACAUAAUGAACAUAAUAGACAUUGUGUCCAUUCUGCCUUACUUUAUCACCCUGGGUACCGAGCUUGGGCAGCAGCAUCCCCCUCAACAGCAGCACCUUGCUCUAGGCACAGGGCAACAACUUCCCCAGGGGACUGGGCAGCAACAACAGGCCAUGUCCUUUGCCAUUCUGAGGAUCAUUCGCCUGGUUAGGGUCUUCCGCAUCUUCAAACUGUCCAGGCAUUCCAAGGGGCUGCAGAUACUUGGUCACACCUUGAGAGCCAGCAUGAGGGAACUGGGAUUACUCAUCUUCUUUCUUUUCAUUGGGGUCAUUCUGUUCUCAAGUGCUGUUUACUUUGCAGAGGCCGAUGAACCCACAACCCACUUUCACAGUAUCCCUGAUGCCUUCUGGUGGGCUGUUGUUACAAUGACCACAGUGGGUUAUGGGGAUAUGAAACCCAUUACUGUGGGGGGUAAGAUAGUAGGCUCCCUGUGUGCCAUAGCAGGGGUAUUGACUAUUGCACUACCAGUGCCAGUGAUAGUUUCAAACUUUAACUAUUUCUACCACAGGGAAACUGACAAUGAAGAACAAACACAGUUGACACAAAGCAGCUCCAGUUGCCCAUACUUACCCACCAACCUGCUGAAAAAGUUGAGGAGCUCCACUUCUUCCUCUCUACAGGACAAGUCUGAAUACUUAGAAAUGGAGGAAGGGCUCAAAGAGUCUCUCUGUAUAAAAGACAAGGCUAGUGAGGGGACAGGGAAUGGCAACGAGACCAUUAAGUAUAACUGUGUGAAUUUAAAAAUUCUGGAAACUGAUGUGUGAAAUAGUGAAAUAUAUUUUUGGAACUUUCUCAGAGUCUAUUUAUGCAUUGAAGAGUGCAGUGAUAAAACAAAUGAAAUAUGCAAAUCUAAUCAGAAAUGUGACAGCCAGUUUUCUGAUUAGGUGUGAAAUAUAGUGGCUUCCUGUUGUAAGAACCUACAAACUUGGGACCAGAUCAGAUGCUACAAGAAUAGCAGUGCCUGUUCUCUGGCUUCGUUUUUUUUUUUUUUCUAAAGAGAGUUGUCCAUCCAUAGAUAAUAAUAUUGCAGUGUGACAGUCUGCAGUAGAGAGGGGUACAUGAUGCUUAUUUAAUAUAAAGCAGAAACCAUGAAAAGAGAACAGCAUGCAUUUUGCCGUACACGACUGCUGUGUCUUCAGAAAUACCUGGCACCCAGUAAAAUGACAUUGUUUACUCGUUUGCUUAUUUUUUACAAAAAUGUCUAUUCUUCAAAGAAUUCCACAUCAAAAGAAUUUUAGAAAACAGCGGUUUGCUGUAGAUUCCUAUCUUGAUACCGCAACGCGAUUUGUGCUUUUCCUAAUAGCUAAGGAGCUAAAUUCUUAUGUGUGGAAUACUCUGUAAUCGGAUAUACAUCAUGUCUAACAUAUCAAGCAUAGAAAGGGUAGACUAAAGAAUUUUAAAAUGAUAGAUUUUUAUAGAAAGCAAUGUUUCUGCACUGAUAUAUCUAAACUCAUUAGAGUGCUCCGAUAACUAGUCUUUUUUAAGAAAUAAGUUCUCAGUUUAUUUUCUUUUUCUAAAUUCCUCAGUAUGAGAUUAGCACAAAUAUAGGAGAUAUCGAGCGAGAAAAACAAUCCUAAAAAUGUUAUUCUCGUUCCACUUAAGCUACACUUAAUUAUGCUGACUUUACUGUGCAGUUUUAAAAAUGAACCAGCUGCCCCGUACCUCCAUUGGAUAAGAGUUUAUCUAAAUGUUUAUCCCAAAUUGCAAUCAGUAAGGGCUGCCAACUAUGCACAGUAUCGCUGCUCGCAGAGCAUUUAUUAGGUGAGGCUCAAAGACAGGACUGAAACUUUUUUUUUCCCCGUUGCUGCUUGUCGUGCAUUGAUAGGGAAUGUUUUUUUUUUUUUUUGCACAACAGCAUAUGCUGGAUAAAUGGGGAAAUUCAACGAGGCAUCGUACUGUGAACCAUUUCUGUAAUGUUGAAGUUUCUAGACAAUCAUUAAAGCAGGACAUCUGGAGAUUCCUGCUGGUUAUAUUUCGGUGAAAGUUGUUAACUGCGAAUGGGAAAGUGCUGUUAACUCUGACAUGAGUGUUGUAUUUAAUACAGCUGUGUAGUCGAAGCAGUUUGUUUUAGUUUAUGUUUCGUUCUAUAUCAUCGGUGACUUUGCACAGCUGACUAUAUUAUGAUUUAUGUCUUUACAUCAACUUCACAGCAUGUUAUUUUGCCACAGCUGAACUGAUAACAUUUUUUUCCCCCCAAGCAGUUGCUUUAUUGUACUGUGAACUGGGCCUUAAAAAUUGAAUAUACCAAAGCCCAAAAAUUAACGAUUAAUAUAUUUUCAUUAAAACUAUAGCUUAUAAAAACCUAUAUAUAUAUAUAUAUAUUUUAAGUGAAAAAAUAAAAAUAAAUAAAACGACUAGUUUGUGUAAAUUAAAUCGAUAUAAUAUUUUGCAAUCGGAUAGAACAUUUCUUCAUUUUUUGAAAAAGAUAAUCAAAAAGAAGCUCUUUUUUUUAUACGUGGCAGUUUUUAGUUUAUGCUCUCACACUGGAGUAAUAUUGAUGACCUGUUAAACAUGGUUUCUGGUUUACAGUGACAAAGGUCUUAAUUUUGUGGUUUCAGAAUGUAAUCGACCACAUUAUUAUGAAAAGAAAAAAAUAUCCAGUUACAGUGUGUGGCCCGACUGAAGCAUUCCACAAUAUUCAGAGAGUAAUAUAUAAUUACAUGUCAGUAAAUCAUAUUAUGGUGACAGUCGAUCCUUUUUGCUGCUACACUUGGUUUGUUUUCCGGUGCAUGUAUGGUUAAUCUGAAACAAGGUGCUGGGAUAUUGGGAUAUAUGAAAGAUGAGCUUUUAUGCUGCCUUGUCUGCAGUUUGGGUCUACAGUAAUACUUAUCUGCAUAUAACGAGAGCUGCUUUUACAUAUUUCAGUGCUGAAGUAUAAACGAAAUGCCUUGCUAAACUCCUGGCUCUGAAACAUUCAUGAUCAGUUUCAGCGGGUUAUUCAUUUUCAUAGCCUCGUGGAAUUCUUCCUUUUUGUGAAUACAUGGUCCUGAAGCCAUGCCUUGUGGAAAUAUAGAUACAAAGGGAUCAUUAUUUUGUUGGAUGUUGGGUAAGUACAUCUUAUCUUUCGGCAAGCAGCAAUGUUUCAACUCCAGUAUGCAUAUGAUUAUGAUUUCAGCUUCGACUCUAAAAUCAUUUUCAUGUAAAACAGAACUGGAAGCUUAUUGAUGAACUAUUGAUGAUAUUACUCAUCUCUUUUUAAUUGUAUACUGUCAUGUUGCAAUCUUGUACGGCAGACAACUAGAUUACAAUGGAAUUAAAGUGACAUCUCAAAGAAAA